AUGGCUGCAUGUUUGUUUCCCGCUAUACUGAAUCUUGCCAGUAAUGCCGUUAUUACCACUAAUGCCACAUGUGGUGAAAUGGGACCAGAAAUGUUUUGUAAACUUGUAGAACAUGUGCCAGGGAGGCCAAUACGCAACCCUCAAUGUAGCAUCUGUGAUGAGAACAGUUCCAAUCCCAAAGAACGGCACCCGAUAACCAAUGCAAUCGAUGGCACUAAUGAUUGGUGGCAAAGUCCCAGUAUUCAGAAUGGCAGAAUAUAUCACUGGGUCACCAUAACACUGGAUUUAAGACAAAUCUUCCAAGUUGCAUACAUAAUAAUUAAAGCAGCAAAUUCCCCACGGCCAGGUAACUGGAUAUUAGAACGUUCUCAGGAUGGUGUUGAGUUCACGCCUUGGCAGUAUUAUGCAAUCAGUGACUACGAGUGCUUGAGUCGAUACAACGUGACACCAAGACUUGGGCCACCAACGUACAGAAGGGAUGAUGAAGUGAUUUGCACGUCAUUUUAUUCAAGACUUGUGCCACUGGAACAUGGAGAGGUAUAAUUAUUUC